ACCUGCCACACAGCAGCUACCGCGCCACAAGCUUUCGUUGCCAUGGCACUCGUCUCCGCCUCCUCCUCCUCCACCACCGCCGUCGCGGCGCUCCCCAGGAAUGGGCAGCGGGCGCCGUCCUUCCUCGGCGGCAAGACGCUGCUGAGGCAGGCCGAGGCGGCGCGGCCGUCGUUCGCCGUGCGCGCCGCCGCGGACCCCGACAGGCCCAUCUGGUUCCCCGGCAGCACCCCGCCGCCGUGGCUCGACGGCAGCCUCCCCGGCGACUUCGGCUUUGAUCCCUGGGGCCUCGGAUCUGACCCGGAGAGCUUGCGAUGGAACGUGCAGGCGGAGCUGGUGCACUGCCGGUGGGCGAUGCUCGGCGCGGCGGGCAUCUUCAUCCCGGAGUUCCUGACCAAGAUCGGCAUCCUCAACACGCCCUUCUGGUACACCGCCGGCGAGCAGCAGUACUUCACCGACACCACCACCCUCUUCAUCAUCGAGCUCAUCCUCAUCGGCUGGGCCGAGGGCCGCCGCUGGGCUGACAUCAUCAAGCCCGGGAGCGUCAACACCGACCCCAUCUUCCCCAACAACAAGCUCACCGGCACCGACGUCGGGUACCCUGGUGGCCUGUGGUUUGACCCGCUCGGCUGGGGCAGCGGCUCGCCGGAGAAGAUCAAGGAGCUGCGCACCAAGGAGAUCAAGAACGGCCGCCUCGCCAUGCUCGCCGUCAUGGGCGCCUGGUUCCAGGCCGAGUACACCGGCACCGGCCCCAUCGACAACCUCUUCGCCCACCUCGCCGACCCCGGCCACGCCACCAUCUUCCAGGCCUUCACCCCGAAAUGAGGAGUUGGAGUUAGCGAUCUGAGAUUGCAACGACGCAUGCAUGGUGGUGGAGAUUGUUAGGUUGAUGGUCGAUCGAUGCGACUCUUUUUUCUUUUUGUGGGGCGGGAUAGACUGUCCAUGAUGAUUGAAUGGUUUGCGGAGCGAUGCAUGCCUGUGUGAUCCUGUACUUGUACUAUGUUGUAACCAAUGUAAAAAUGCAAUACUCGUUAGAUGCUAUGCUCUUUCACCGAA